AUGGGUGCAAAUGUGCAAUGCAAUGGUUAUUUUCCGGGAUAUUAUUCAACAAGGGAUCUCAUCUUUGACUCUGAAGGCAGCAUAUGGACCUCAUCUAAUGUUAAUAGUGAACUAAGGAAUGACUGCUACCACAUGGUUUCCAUGCCUGUUUCAUCAUCACCUUGUAACCUUUUAGGCUACAACAAAGAACUUCUUAAACAGACAAUUCUCAAGCAUGAAGCCAUUUUUAGGGACCAAAUUCAUGAGCUCCACCGGGUUUACCACAAACAGAGGGAAUUAAUGGAUGAAAUUAAAAGGAAUGAAUCGUAUAACCAUAAUUUAAGGUUGGAGGCAUCACGGUCAAGUUCUGCCCAACAGAUAUGUUGCUCACCAAAUUUUCCCUGGUCAAUUGCUCAAUCAUCUGUUUUAAUUGCUGAAAGUGUCCAGUUGCCACUGGCUUCUGCUGAAGAAAAGAGAAGGCAAAUAUGUCCUGCUCCUGCUCAUGCUUCAACUGUAACUGAAGAAUCUUUAAAAGAUUCUAAACUGUUGGAGUCCAAGUACAGAAAAGUUGGUAAAAAAAUAUUGGAUCUUCAACUUCCUGCUGAUGAGUACAUUGAUAGUGAAGAAUGUGAAGAAAAUGAAAGGGUUACUGUAGUGGCCCAGGUGUCAGCUUAUUCUUUAAAUGGAAUUUCUCAGGUUGUGAGUGACAGUCAUGAGAAACCAUAUGGAACUAAUUCUAAGGGUUACACUGACUUAAAUGUACCAUUUAAGCUUAAAGAAGAGGCAGCUGCAAAGCCUUAUGAUUUGGGCCCCCCAACACAUCAUAGGAACAAUCCCUUUUAUGAUCUGUCAAGGAGAACAGAACUGGGAUCUCAAAAUUUUCCCAAUGAUGUCAUCCAGCAUUUGAACAAGAGACAGGAUCUUGAAGCUUGCUCACAUAACCCAUUACCAUACCAUGAGAAGAAACAUGAAUGGCUGUCCUCACGUAAUAGUACUGGGCAUAGUGGUGGUUUAUCGGAUUGUUUUCCCAAAGUCGUCUAUACAGACAAGCAAUCUGUUUCAGUCGAUUCAUUAAGUAAGAAUAUGGAACAAUUCAAUGACAUUCCAUAUUUUCAUUCAUUAUAUCAAAUCAACCGAGGACCUUGGACAGAGAGAAAAUUUUCUAGCAGUGAGAGCUCUACACAAACUCAAGGUUGCACCAGUAGUGGCUUGCUUGAACCAAACAGUGCAUCACGUAGAUGUGCUCUAUAUCAGAAUGUUUCUGGGGCUGAUAUGAUAGGUUCUGAGAUUUCCCCAGCAGAGUUAUGGAAAACACCUGUAUCUGACUUUGGCCAAAGCCUGCUAGCAGUUCAAGCAUCUUCUGCAUCAUUGGGUCAAAGUUCUAAAUCAUUGAUGGGAAUUUCUGGGUUCACUACAGGUGAUCUUUAUCAGUGUACAAGUGUUAAAUCUGGCCCCAAUUUAGAUGGCCAAAACUAUCUUCUGAGCAGCAGCCUUUGCAAUAGGUCCAAGCUGUUGGAUCUUCCCUCGAUUAGUACUAAUGAUCCAAACAACUGUGACAAUCUUGGUUCAUCACAUAGCCAUGAGCUUAGGAAGUUUGUUAAAGGUUCUGAAGAUGUGGGGACUCCCAAGAACCUAAACCUGAAUAUUAUGCCUGCUGGUUAUUCUGAUACAACAGCAUUACAAAGCUUUCAGAUUACAGGUGAAGAAAAUAAAUUUCAGGAUUCAACGAGGGGGUUGCCUUGGCUUAAAGAAAAACUUAAAGGCAAAGGAAAACCCAAUGAAGUAAGUAAAAUCUCAACCCAGAUUGAAUCUGUCUUUUUAAAUCCUUAUAAUACAGAAGGUAUACAUUGUUUGAAGUUAAAGAAGAUUGAGGAAAGAAACUUGAGCACAGAGAAGACUCUUGCAUUUCACAGUAAUGGAAAGGCUCAUAUGUCAACUGAUCCGGAAUCUUUUCAAGUCUUCCCCUCUGAAGUCUUCCAGAACCAAUCCAAAAAUCAAAGGAUUGAAGAAAUUGAGAAAGGCAGCAUAUCUGAUGUAAAGUCACCUUGUAUUCAUGCGCCUGACUUGGCGGAACAGAUACCUGCUGUUGAGCAUUUGAUGAAGAAUGAGCAGAAGAAACAUGAAUCUUUUGCAGGUAUUAUUGACCUGAAUUCACGCAUGAUUGAGGAUGAGAAUAUGCCAGUGGAUGUUGAUUUUCGCGCACCAGUGAGUCCAGAGAACAAGGAAUGCUCGCCACCUAGAGGAGAAUCCGAUGAAAACCAGCUUGAGAUGCCCUGUCAAUUGGUGGAACAAGAGGAUCCAGAAGUGCGAGAGGAGAAAAUCAGAAUUGCAGCAGAGGCGUUGGUUUCCAUAUCAGGAUUGGUGGCCCGUAAAGAUCUCCAAAUGACAACUUGUUCAUCAUCUGACUCUUUUGUCAGUAGUCCUCUUCACUGGUUUGCUGGAAUUGUUUCCACAACAGUGGAUCAUCCAGAGAAUGAGAUUAAGGCUAAUGAUCUUGAGGAGUUGCUGCCUGCUGGAAUUGAUUACUUCGAGUUCAUGACCUUAAAGUUGACUGAGACAAAGGUCCUAGAUUGCUGCUAUAAGAGUAUGGGCCAAACUGAGCAAGUGGGUGGAUCAACAUCCCCAACUCAGCCAAGGAAGUGCCGGGCCAACAGGGGGAGGUGGCGGAAGGACUUUCAAAGGGAAAUCCUCCCAAGCCUUGCUUCUUUGUCAAGGUAUGAGGUGACUGAGGAUCUUCACACCAUUGGAGGCCUUGUAGCUGCUGGUACUCGCUCAGAAACAGGCUCUCUAAGAACUGCAGGUAGAAAUGUAUUGGGUAGGGGGAAGAGAAGAUCAUGUGCUUCAACUUCUAACAUCACAGACUUGCUGUUGAACUUGAAAAAGCUAACUAGUAUCACUGAAGUGGGCAUUGAGAGAAGGGGCCUAAUAAGUUGGGGAAAAACAUGUAGAAAGCGAAGGGGACAGAGAUUUCCCACCACUAAUCCCAAGUUUAUUUUGAGUCCAAGUAUAUAACUUGUUCCAAGACUAUGUUCAUGGAUUUUGGAUGAGGUUUUUAUUGAAUAUAGGAUGGUCUUGUAAAUGUCCUUGUAUACAAUAAUAGGAGUAUAGUAACUGAAGGAUAGAAAA